AGUAUCUAAUGCCAUGUCAGCACCAUCUCCAUCUAGUUUCUUUUCCCUUGUUUCUCUUGGAACAGAUAGCAGAGAACUCUGCCAUGGAAGCCCUCAAUGCAACAAGCUUGACACCUCUUUCAGUUCUUUGUGAGAAAAGAUCGGAACCCAGAAGAAUAUCAUCUCUCCCGACUAUUUCUGCAUCCAAACUCUCAAGUUCUGCUACCUUUAACAGGACAUCCCCAACUUUACAGGACUGUCUCUCGAGAAGCUUGCACGGGGGCCUUGCGCUACUUUCUUCAGUUUUCGCUGGUGACUUUGCCCAAGCUUUAACAUAUGAGGAAGGGUUGCAGCCGUUGACGGGGUCCUCCAGAUCUGAAGUUGAAUCGAGUGGGGUUCUUGAUACUGUUGUUGGCUUUGUAACGGAGAAUCCUGCUAUUGUAGCCAGCGGCGCCGCCAUUUUGGCAGUACCGAUUGUUCUGUCUCAGGUGUUUGGCAAGUCUAAGCCAUGGGGUAGUGAGUCUCCGAAGAGUGCUUAUGCAAAGCUGGGGGAGGAUGCCGGUGCGCAGUUGCUUGAUAUAAGGGGGCCAAAGGAGUUUAGGGAGGUUGGCAGUCCUGAUGUCAGGGGUUUGGGUAAGAAGCCAGUAUCGAUUGUUUACAAGAGUGAGGAGAAGCCCAGGUUCUUGAAGAAGCUGUCUUUGAAGUUCAAGAAACCGGAAAAUACCACAUUGUUUAUUCUGGACAAUCCAGAGCCUGCUAAUGUACAGAAAGCUGAGCCAGCUCAGCUGACAACAGAACCAAAAGUUGAAGCAGCUGCAGAACGCUCUCCCCAAAUUAAUUCAGUAGCCAAAACAGAAGCCAAGGCAGAAUCAGUUCCUGGAUUUCCAAGACCUCUUUCUCCAUAUCCAUAUUACCCAGACUUAAAGCCUCCGACAUCUCCCUCUCCAUCACAGCCAUAGUUGUGCACCGAAAUCCAACUUGGAUUGUUGAUCUCUAGUUUCUACCACAGAUCAUUGAUUGGUCGGGAAUCAUAUAAAGCUAUCCAGUGAAUUGUGCAGCCUAUGUGAUCCUAACUGAAAUUUUCCAGGUUGCAUGAUGACUUGGGUUGAGAAACUAGUAACAAGAGGGGGAGAAAACAAACAAUUCUCUCACAAAGUGGAUGAUAAUGUAGUUUGCCAAAACCAUCCUGUCUGUUGUAUGCAAUGGAUGCUGUAUUAUUCACAUUUCUCUAAUUUCUUGGUAGAUCCAAUCGAACAAUUUCCUGGAAAAUGCUAGUAAGUCACAGAAUAGGUAUGUUUAUGUUGGACCCAAGGAAGGAACAUACUUACAUGAUAUGUUAUAGAUUUCUGAUGUUGUAACUUGUCCAUUCUACUUGGCCAUGGCGGAAUGGAAAAGAUCUGUUUCCUAAUUUUUCCCUUUCGCUGUUCCUCUCCAUUUCUCCAGGAUUGGAUGAUUUCUGGUUUGAUAAGUUUAUUCCUCAGUUCGGGAUUGUAUUAUUAUCCCUUUACACCUGGUCCAGGAAUUUUUUCAGAAAUAUGCAGUUGUCCAGCUAGCAGACAUGUCGAAGAAACAGAUUAGUAAUUGCUAAAUGAAAUUUAUUUUUUGGG